UUAAUAUAAUUAAGGUAAUAAUAGUGUUAUUUUAAAUAAUCAUGGCAUUAGUAAUUGAAGAAGCAAGAGUCAAAAAAUCUUAUAACUUUGAUGAAGCGAUCGACUUAACAGGUACAGGAUGGUACAACACGGGUCUGCUAGCAGCCACCAGCAUCUCAAUCCUGGCGAUGUGCAUUGACAUUUUCUCCCUGUCAAUAGUGGUGCCACUCUGCUCUUGCGACCUCCAGCUCGACCUCAUGCAGAAGAGCAUCCUGGUUUCUAUGCCUUUCUUGGGUCCAGUGUUCACAGCGUACUGCUGGGGCUACGUGUCUGACACGCAGGGCCGCAGGUUGAGCCUCCUGCUGGGCAUGUCAGUCAGCUUCCUCAUGUCGACCCUCAGCGCCUUCUCCCCCAACUGGAUUGUCAUGGCCAUUUGUAAAUUUCUCGGCACUUGCUUCUGCAGCAGCGCACAGUCAGUAACAUUUGCUCUACUCGGCGAGUCGUGUCCAGAACGGAUCAAGGGCAAGUACAUGCUGGUCAUGUCUAGUAUUGUCCACCAGGGCAUGGCGAUAUAUCAUGUUCUCGCCUACCUAAUUGCCCACAAUUUGGAUUUCUCAUACGAUCUUGGCCUGAUAAAGUUCGUUCCUUGGAGGCUACUGAUUCUGGUCCUAGCUCUGCCUCUGGGUCUAAGUGCUAUGGCUCUAAUGUUCUUCUACGAGAGUCCCAAGUUUCUACUCAAUGCUGGACGUGAGGAUGAGGCUUUGGAGGUUCUGAGACGAAUAUACAGGAGGAAUUGCAAGAAAACGGAGUAUCCGGUAGAAAAACUGGAAAAACUAAAUGAGAAAGGGAACUUUCAAACUGAGAAGGUGUCUCGCUUGCAGUCUUUACGCGAUCAAACAGUACCAUUGUUCAAACCACCGCUGCUGUUCAAUACUAUACUCUUGUAUUGUUUGCUUGUGGUUGCUUAUGGCGUGAGCGGAAGUUUAUACAUCUGGCUGCCGUUCAUAGCUACAGCCUACACGUCCGACUCAGGCGACUACAGCCAGGGCCUCUGCAGCGUCAUCUCACAGAACAACACCAUUAGUAGCAGUUCUGUGGAAGACAACUGCCAAGCAGUGAAUCUGACGAUUGUGAUAGCGAUCCUGAUCUCCGCAAACUUCUACACCUUCCUCAACUUCCUGAUGUCGAAGGUCGCAUCGAGGAAGCGGCUGCUAAUGCUUGGCAUCCUAUCAUUCGCCUCUGUCUCCUGUUUCCUGAUCACCGUUAUCCCUAACAGGGCCUCUGGCAUUGCCUAUCUAGGGGUGCUGUCUACUAGUAUCUGUAUGGGGCCUACGUUCGCGUACUUUGUGGAGCUUUUUCCAACUUCUUAUCGGGGCAUGGCAGCGUGUCUGGGCGUGAUGGUGGCCCGUAUCAGCAGCGUGGCUGGCAUCAACCUGGUGGGACCGUUUAUCACCAACCAGUGCACCUACACCUUCUACGCACUUACUGCUAUUCUUAUAAGUGGCGUGUUGAUGUCACUCUUAUUGCCUCCAGAUAGACCUAAAGCAAUACAAUAA